CUUGGUCAGCUAACGAAUUGGUCAGGGAAUGAAAGGAAAAACUGAAAAGGUUAAGUUUUCUGAAAAUGAAACUAAAACUACUUUGCAAACUCUAUCCCUAGAGCCAAAUGUCCGGCGAUAUCCCGCCCACAAAUCAAGCGACGCGAUGAAUUCCGAUAGGAUCAGCGAACUGCCAGAUCCUUUACUAACUCAGAUACUCUCCCACCUUCCCAUCAUCGACUCCGUCAAAACAAGCGUUCUAUCGAAGAGAUGGGAGUCUCUCUGGCCCAACGUCUCAACGCUUGACCUUAACGACAGAGACAUCUCCCCACCUUACAAGAAACUAUUCGCGAGCUUCAUCGACUCCUUCCUCGAACACAACUUCGAAUCGCGCCUCCAAAGGCUCGAGAUCAAGUACGACGAGUGCAACGCGAACCCCUUCCCGAUCAGCGAGUGGAUCUCCACGGCCGUCGAUCUCCGCGGGAUCAAGCAUCUCGUCGUCGAGAUUCGGAAUCCGAUGUACGUCAUCGAUUUCACGCCUAAGAGUGUUUACAAGAGCGAGACGCUGGUGUCCUUGAGACUCGGGCGCGUUAGGGUUAGGAAUCUGGUGGAGGUCGAUGAUGUUGUUUCUCUGCCUUGUCUUAAGAUCAUGCGUCUAGAGAAUGUUUGUUAUGGUAAAGAAGGUGAUUUGUGUGUGGAGAAGCUUAUCUCCGGUUGUCCGGUUCUUGAAGAUCUUGAUUUGGUGAGGAAGUGUAAUGAUCUUGUGAAGACUCUGCGUGUGAGGUCUCGGAGUUUGAAGAUGUUUCGUUUAGAGUUUCGUUUGGGGAUGGGUGGUGGUACUGAGUAUGAGGUUGAGAUUGAUGCUCCAGCGCUGGAGUAUAUGAGUUUUAAAGAUAGUCAGUCUGAUAGGAUUGUGGUGAAGAACUUGAGCUCCUUGGUAAAGAUUGAUGUUGAUAGUGAGUUUAAUGUUAAGGUUGGGGACGGUGAGAUUGAUCUUACAAAGAGUGAUACUAUCCGUGAUUUUCUCAUUGGGGUUUCUAGUGUAAGACAGAUGAUCAUCUCUGAGCCUACUCUAGAGAUCCUGUAUCGUUAUUCCAAACUGGUACCAGUUGCUGAAUUUCAGAGGUUACAUCAUUUGCAAGCUGCGUUUUCAAGCUCAUCGUUACUGUUUCUGCCAGCCUUUCUUGAGAGCUGCCCAAAUCUGAAAAACCUAGUCUUGGACUUUUCUGUUUCAACGGAGUCAGAGCAGAUCAACCUUACCGAUGUACCUCGCUGUUUAAGAUCGACUUUGGAGUGUGUUGAGAUUAACAAACUGAUUAUGAGGGAAGAAACUGGGAUAAAACUAGUGAAUUACUUUCUUGAGAAUGCAGCAGUACUCAAGAAACUUUCUUUGAGUUUCACUGAUUCUCCUAUGGCCGACGAGGAUCUAGAUAUCUACAAGGGGCUUCUUACACCUAUAAAGCGUUCUCGCAUAUGUCAAGUUUUCAUCAGCUGAUGAUGCUGGUGUGGGCACGUGAGCAUUUGUCACUGAGGAGGGAAUGAUCAAUUCUCGUGAAACUGCAUUUCGUUGGUAAGAUCUAUUAGGAUUUGAACUUGGGAAUUAAAAGAACAAGACCGUGAUGGGGAAGAACACAUGAGGCUCCUGAUUUCACUUACGGUUUGCAGAACAACCUCUCUCUGAGAACAAGUGAUUAUAGUAACAAUGGACAAUCUCUGCCUUUAAGAGACUGGUCUAUAUCUAAUUAUAUAGUAUUGACUGGAGCAAAUCGCACUCUUGCUCUUCGUAAUUAUAUAGUAUUUUCUGUUCUUUUUCAGAUUGAAUUCUGAUUUGGAUUCUUCACUCUGGGGGUGUUGCACUGUUAUUAUAUUAUAUAUUCGGUUUCAUUCA